ACUUGACGACUAGAUUUAGUUUAGAUUCCAGGUCUAGAAUUUAAGUCUAAGAAUCCAGAGUCUAGAUCUAAAUUCUAAAUCUAUCUAUGAGUGAAAAUCUAGUGUCGAGACACAGUUGUCAUUGUUAGGGUUAAACCUUACGUUUUUACUACAUCUAGACUAGAUCUAGAGUCUAGAUAGUAGAUCCUCUUGACUCGUCUUGAGUCCACUGUGACUGUCUAAGACGACUGUCUUAGUGAAGUUAUUCACGGUAAAAAUCAGUAACGAUUAAGUAUCAUUAAGUAGCCUUGCUGUAAUCAAAGAAUGCUGAAAUUUCUCAUGUGCCGCUAUAGCAGAAUAAAACUCUUUCUGAUCCAGCUAGCAGUGACCAUCUAUUUAUUUCUGGUGGGCUUUGCUAUGUUCAACUAUUGCAAUCACUGUGCUGUGACUUCACCAGAAAGCUUGAUGGUUAAUUCAGGUGUGGAAACUUCAGAUAAUCAGCACUGCAAACUUGACUUCAGUAAACUAGGCCUCAAAGAAGUCAACAAGUUUGAUGAGCCAUCUGAAGAGAGUAUUAUUGCUGCAAACCCUCAUUUACAAAAAGGAGGCAAGUGGUCGCCAAAAGAUUGUAUCCCUUGGCAGAAAGUGGCCAUUAUCUUGCCUUAUAGAGAUAGACAGCAUCCCUUGAGAAUCUUUUUGAAUCGAAUCCACCCCAUGCUUCAGACACAGAAAAUCGACUAUCAGAUUUUUAUAAUUGAACAAGCAGGAACUGGACAGUUUAACAGAGGCAAGUUAUUCAACAUUGGGUUCAUGGAGGCCUUAAAGCAACAAAACUUUGACUGUAUGAUCUUCCAUGAUGUUGACCUGAUUCCUGAAGACGAUAGGAACCUGUACUUGUGUGAUGAACAUGGUCGUCACUUGGAGACUGCAACAGAUGAUUUGAGAUACCACCUGAAGUACUAUAACUAUGCCGGUGGUGUACUUGCGAUAAGCUCUCAGAAUUUUCAGAGAAUAAAUGGUUUUGCCAAUUCUUAUUGGGGAUGGGGCAAUGAGGAUGAUGAUUUUUCAGCUAGAAUAACAGAAUCUGGGUUAUUAUUAACUCGUCCACCAGAGCUUAUUGGCAGGUAUCAAAUGGUGCCCCAUAAAAAAAAUAGCAGAUCAUCAUCAGGCAAUGGAAUGUUCUUUGGGUGGCGAAGACGCUGGCAGACAGAUGGACUGAACAACCCUCAGGGUAUGAACUACACAGUGAUAAAGGUUGAAGAACUUCCCCUGUAUACGAAGGUGCUGGUAGAUAUUGGUCAUCCGCCUCCUGAUAUGAACAUCUAUAUGGAGGAUCAUUCCAAGGAUAUUUCUCUGUGGUGGUUUCUCUCUUUUUAUUACCCUUGAUUGUUAAAAGGCUGGAGAUCUACAAUAAGUUAGUGCAGUGUGUUUGAAGUUAGAUGAGUAUUAAUUUAUAUUUCAUGGAAAAGUUGAACAUAUGCUCAUAAAAUUUUAAUACAAUGAAAAUUGUUGGGUUAUGAUACUGGAUGUUCAUUGGCUGCCAUUCCUGUUUUUUUUUUUUUUUUUUGCUUCAUUCCAUUCUGGAUUUUUUUUUGUAUGUGAUUUCCAAUUUGUCUUAUUUACAUUAAUUGUAAAGACAUACAGAACAUAUCAAUGUUAUAUAUUUUUAUGGCAAGUUUGUUUUAUAUCUUGUUUUAUUUAUUACUUACAUUGUUAGAUGUCCCAGAAACUGACAGAUUUAAUAACCUUUGUAUUUUACACUUCAUGUUCAUGUACACCUGUUUUAUGUACAUUAUUUAUUGUUUUUUUAAUGAGCGAUCAGCACUUCAACAUAACAGUGAUGGUGAGUUGUGCCAACUUGGUCUUUAGGCCAAUGCAAACAAAAGUCUGACCUGGAGCCCUCAGCAAGACGCAAGAAGCUCACAACCUGUGAAAUGAGAUUCUCAGAAAGGCGGCAGCAAAUUAAGAGAAAUGACAACAUGGACAGCACCCCAUACAGCUCAGUGAAUGUAUGGCUGGACAAAAUAGAAACUGGUUUAGGCACCCAGUAAAUGUUGAUCAACCAAAUACAUCAGCUUCAAUGUGAGAGUAGGACUCAGAAAAAGAUGCACCAAAGAAAUGAAAGAAGCAGGCAAGAUGUAGUGGUAUGGUUCAAAAGAUUUGUUCAUGUUUCAUAACCCUUAGAAAAGAUACCAACAACAGAGCUAGACAGGCCUUAGAGUGGAACCCCCCUAGGGAACAAGAUGUAGAGGGACCAAAAAAAGAACAUGGUGACGCUGUAUACUAGAUGAAGCAGAAAGGACAGGAAAGAGCUGGGAAGCCAUUAAAAAACUAGCAAGAGACUCUGGAGCGUGGUGUGUUUUUACUGAGGCCCUAUGUUCCAUGAGGAACUCAAAGGAAAGAUGAUGAUGAAAGCCUGCUACUUCAAAGUCACAUGUCCCCAUCAGCUAUAGAAGGAUAAAGUAAAAGUACAUAAAUGAACAGGACACCAUUUUUAAAUAAAGAUUUCCUUCUUGAGGUAAUUGUAAAGUUCAAUGUCCCAUUCCAAUGCUAAAUAGACAGUUGAAAUGAGAACAUUUCUUUUCCCUCUCUCACAUGCCAUUGAGUUAAAAGUCUCAUUUCACAAUGGGAACUGAACCAUUGGUCUGCUGACAGACAUGCACUCUACUUCUUAGCCACAAUAUUCAGUGUAGUACAGUAAAAACAAAAUUAUAAAUAAUGUUUACCAGAUUCUAAUGUUUAUUGUAAUAUUUCUUAUUGUCUGAUCAUUUUGAGAAAUCAUGACAACAAUGGGGGCAACGAAAUUUCCUUAAUGUUUGUAUACUGCACAGCAUCAUAGUAGAUAUUGAACAUUUUGAAUUCUUAAUCUGUAGAUCAUUGGAUCUAUUCAAACAUUGUCAUGAAUCUAAAUGAAAGAAUACGGGUACAAAUCAAGCUGAGUACUGAACUGAUUAGAAUCAAAUGGGCAGGGCACGAUGCUGGCUAAGUUAUCACUUUUGUCUAGAAAAAAUUCAAAUUAAUCUUCUUUAAUGUGUUCAUGGAAAUUUUUUUUUUUUUUAAUUUGUGUCCAUACUUAGACUUUAAAGCUAAAUGACAAUCAAUUUUUAUAAUCAUUGAAUAUAAAAUAAAUAUCAAUACAGGAACAUGUUACGGUCUGUAGUAGUAUAUAAACAUGAUAGGAUUGUUUAUAUUGUUGAAUCUUUGAUAGCUAUAUUAACACUGCUGAUGUAUUGCUAUCUGUGACAUGUUUAAAGUCUAUAAAAUCACAUAAUUUAUAUAUCUUUUUUUUUUUAUUAUGCAUCUUGCAAGCAUAUAUUUCUGUUCUGUUCUGAUUGGAAAAUUUUAAAAGGUGAUUGUAUUAUAAAUUUGUUAUUAUUUAGUAAUUUUUUAUUGUGCAAUUUUAAUGGAAAUUGAAAUGAUACAAAAAUCUUAUAAAAUCCUGUUUUUUUUUUGUUUUUUUUUUUGUAUUCAUUUUUAAUUUUUCUACUUGAUUUGAAUUUUUGUUUUUUUUUAAGCAAAAUUUCUCUCAGAAAAAGUGAUUGUAUUGGUAUUUAAAGCUAAAUAAUAACUCCAGACAAAAACAAAAUGUUUGUUAUCAAUUCGUUGAAUUACAUUUAUAUUUUUGUAUUCAACAAUGAUAAUUAUAAUAAAAAAUAUAUUUAAAUAAUCAAACUCUUUUUACUGCUUCAUAUAUUCAUUUUAUAUUUAUAACUCCAUUUAGUAUUUUGAUCUUUUUAGGUUAAUUAAGGGUUUUGUUUGUUUUUUCAUUGAAAAAAAAAAAAGGUGCAUAUUUACUAAGUACUUAGUGCAAACUGUAUCCUCUGCCAAAUAUUUCUUAACUGAAAAAGUGAAUUAAUUUUACCCGAACAGUUCACAUAGUAUCAUCUUUAGUCCCUUAACUUGUAUCAGAGAAGUGCUGAACCAAAUCCCUUCCCACUUCCUGGUCAGCAGCUGUCCUUAGCAGAAUAUCAAGAAAUAGGCUGAUCUAUUCUUUCAUGCUGUUUUGGUUUUUUGUUAAGUUUAAUACUCCAUGACUAUGCAAAUUAUUCUGCUUAUGAUUAUCUAUAGCAUUGACAUGACAUUAAUAUAAUUUUUUGCCAACAUUCCCUUUUAUUAUUAUAUGCAGCUUUUAGGAUUUGUGUGUUCUAAUGUUAUAAUAUAAAUAUGUUCAUCAUAUGAUAUAAGAUUUAUUAUUCCACUAAUUUUAUAAUACAAGUACUUUUGAGAUCAUUUGAUGUAAAGUUUACUAUUCUAGUAAUUUUAUAAUACAAGUACUUUUGAGAUCAUUUGAUGUAAAGUUUAUUAUUCUACUAAUUUUAUAAUACAAGUACUUUGAACAUUUGAGGUAAGGUUUAUUAUUCUACUAAUUUUAUAAUACAAGUACUUUGAUGUAAGGUCAUCAUUCUGCUGAUGUUUUUAUACAGGCACUUUAAUCCUAAUGAUUUGAUCAAUAAUGUUAUCUAAUAAAGUACUUUGCUCUUUCUCUGUAUGGAUUAGCACUGCUGAUUAUUAUUUAUAAAACAUGUAUACUUGACUCUUGAUAAUCUGACACUUCAUAAUCCGACACCUUCAGUACAUUUUCUUUUUUUAUGUUAUUUGUAUAUUGAAAAGUCUAGAAGAAUAUCUGAUACAUCAUAAAUAGAAUUUUCUUGAAACAAGGUUACUAUGGCAAUAUAAGUUUGAGUGCCAGAUGACAACGAUGUCUUGAUGUUACGAUGAGACUGUGUUGAUCAGACAAUGUAUUUCUGAAGUUAUAAUUUUUGUAUACAUCUCUCCUUUAGACAAUCUAAGACUAAGACUGCUUUAUUGAUCCUUACGGAAAUUUGAUGUGAUUACAAGGACUCUUUUCUCAUAUAAAGACAACAUAACAGAAAAAUACACAUAAAUACAACAGACACAACAUAAAGAGUUCAUUUCGGAAUUCUUAAACUAUAUUGUGAUGGCGGAGAUAUUAAUUUAAAGUAUAAAUUCAAAGCUGAAAUCUUGUUUAGCGUCAAAGCUUUAAUUCUUGAACUAGGAAUAGAUUGAAUAAUAUACACACUACAUAAAUGUACAAUACAAUUUAAAUUCUUUUACUCAAGUCAACUGAAUAUAUUUGUCCUUCAAGUACUACUUUUGUUUUGCCUCAUUCUUAGUAACGUCCAAACUAUUUUUAGAGCUUAUGGAAAAACCAUCAUUGUUUUUAAAUAAACAUGUCCUUCCUUACUUGUCAAUAGCCUACAACCAUGGCCUUGUGCUGCAGAAAUCCUGGUAUGGCAAUCUGAGCAUUAGAAAUAAAAAAAACAACAACUCCAUAGAGUCCUAAAUGCUGCUGGUAAAGUUAUUGGCAAAAAACAAACCCCAUUUGGGCAGCUGUUUGAGACAAACAUCAAAAAAAAAAAAAACUAAAAAGAUUCUAGAAAUAAAAAAAUCACCCUUUGGGUCAGAAUUUUGUGAUUUUACCAUCACAAAAGAGAUACAAGACACUGAUGGCAAAGACAAACAGACACAAACACUCUUUUGUUCCCCUGGCAAUCAAAUCAUUAAAUGAGAACAAUCUGGUAUAAACUUUGUCACAUGUAAAUUAUGAGUGAGUCUGGUGUGAAUGUACACUUUGGUUUCUUAUAGUUAUAAUGUUUUUUGUUUGGUGUAAUGCACAAAUUGUAAGACAAAUUUCCAUACGGACAAUAAAGAAUAUUAUUAUUAUUAAAAGUAAACUAAAUGCAACAGUGCUUUAUGUUACAUUUUUAGAAGCACAGCUAACCUUUCAUAAUCUUUCUCUGUAUGCAACCCUCCCCAUUCCUGUAACUGUUAGACUAUUAAGAGUCAACUGUACUUUAAUUAUGGGAUGUAUUGUUUACUACUGACUUCAUUAUAAGAAAUCCUAAAUUGAGUCACUGUGAUGGCUGCCAACAAAUUUGCAUAAUUAGAAUUUGUUUUUUAAUUUAAUAUAUUUUAACUUUUUAUACACAGCCAAAUUUGAACAUGUGCAAGUGUGAUCUUCAAUGUAUUUGAUUGUGUUAAUGUUUCCUACAAAUAGUUUUUGUUACUCUUAGGCCUCCUCUUUUUGUUAGUUCCUAAUGAAGUAUUAGCUCUAAUUUGUUAGUUCCUUAUGAGGUAUUGGCUCUAAUUUGUUAGUUCCUUAUGAGGUAUUAGCUCUAAUUUGUUAGUUCCUAAUGAGGUAUUAGCUCUAAUUUGCCCAGUAUCUAAACAAAAACUUUAUGAUGUGUGCAGCAGAUGAGGGAGAUCUAAAAUAUGAAUUGAAAAGGAGAAACGAAAUAAAUAAUCUAGAAUUGAUGCAUCUUAAUGAAACAGGCAUUUACUUUUUUUAACACUCAUUGUAUUUUUAUUAUAUGUUUUUCAGUAGGACUUCUGAUCUGUUCCUUUCUGUUCAUUAGCUCCUCAUAUUUCUCUUAUCACUAUUCACUCUGAACCUUCAAAAUUAGUUUAUUUUCAGUAUCAGUCUUUUCAAAAUACCUCCUAUGUCUAUGUCAGUCCUUCCCAGCAUGCUCUUUACUGCCAUAUUUUAUUAGUCUAUAAUUAAAAACAAAAUAAUUAAUGACAGUACUUAAAGAAAAAUUUAAAUAAAUUUUUUAUUUUAUGAAGACAUUGUAUAUCAGGUGAAAUGAAGAAGUAAUGUAAAUCUCAUGGCAAACUAAUUAGAUACUUGGUAAAAGUUAAGUUCCCCUUUCAGACCAUGUGGUCUAUAGGACAUAUAUGUAAGGAUCAACUGUUUAUGUGGCCCAUGGUAACGAGGGUGUCAUAUGGCCAGCACAGUAACCAACUGUCUUUAAUUUUCCCUAAAUUGUCAUGUGCCCAUUAGAGCUGGGUGGACUUGAAGGGGCACUAUAGAUCCAGAAAAAUCACGGUCUUCACCAGGAUUCAAACCUGGUACGCCCAGUUCAGACAUUCUACCAAUCAUCCACCAUGCAUCCUUGAAACUUUAUAUGUUUAAAUUCUUCAUCUCAAAUUGGGUAAUGUUUAGAUGGUCAACAUUUAUCUUUCUUUCAACUCUGCUGAUGUAGAAAUGGUUUCUUACUUUUUUUUUCCAUAGGUUGUGAUAAUUUUUUUUUGGAAAACUCAGUGUGAUUUUAGGGGAAUGUUUUGUAGUUACUUUUGAAAUGUGUUUGUAAUAGAUGUAUUUUACUUGCAUGUUUUUGUUGUUUUCUUAUAAAUGAAGCAUAAUGUUGUAUAUAACUUUGUUGUUAAUUUUUUAAUAAAUAAUAUCACAUAA